GCUGCAGCCGAUCAAGGCGACGCGCGAGCGGCAGGUGCGGCUGUGGGCGGAGCUGAUCGUGGCGUGGUGCCGCCACCACCGCACGCUGCUCGUGCCCCUCGACCAGUUCCCCCUCUUCCACCACCCUGCCAUCCAGCGCAAGCUGACGUUCGAGGCGCGGCAGGUCUUUCUCGAGGCUCUCGUUGCAGAAGGGCGGGCGGAGUGGACGGAUCGGAGUCGAACGCGGUGCCUCAUUCUGUGGAAGUCCAUCAACGACUGGGCCGACACCCUGCUGCACUUCGUGCGCGAGAACGGAUUCGGAGAUUCUGUUUUGACACUCGAGGAAAUACGAGCAGGGGAUGAUACGAAAGGGACAG